AUGUACUCUGUGUUGUUGUAUUCCUACUUUUCUUCUGCUGUGCCCUCCCCUCUCCAUUCCACCUCCUGCCGGUUACAGGGACAUUUUCCUCUAAAUGGGAUGCACAAGGCUGGAGAUGUGGUUCUGGGAGGGCUGUUUUCGAUCCAUUUAUUUUCUGUCUUUCCUGACCUGUCUUUUACCUCAGAGCCACAACAGCCAACCUGCCACGGUUUUUAUAUUGUAGGAUUCAGACAGGCCCAGACCAUGGCCUUUGCUAUUGAUGAGAUCAACAGAAACUCCAACCUGCUACCUAAUGUGACUCUGGGAUACAGUCUUAAUGACAACUGUGUCAACCUAGGAAUUGGAUUCCGUUCAGCGUUGUCAUUAGCCAGUGGUCAAGACGAGCACUUUAUAUUGGAUAAGACCUGUGUAGGAACCCCUCCAGUCCUUGGGAUUGUGGGUGAUACUUUUUCUAGUAGUUCUAUUGCCAUCACCGCUGUUUUAGGUUUGUACAGAUUACCUAUGGUGAGUUAUUUUGCCACAUGUUCGUGCCUGAGUGACCGGCAAAAGUUUCCAUCCUUCUUUAGGACGAUCCCAAGUGAUGCUUUCCAGGUGCGUGCAAUAAUUCAGAUUCUCAGGCGCUUUGGCUGGACUUGGGCUGGUCUGUUGGUCAGUAAGGAUGAUUAUGGACUCCACGCUGCCAGAUCCUUUCAAUCUGAUCUGGCUCACUCUGGUGGAGGUUGUCUGGCCUAUUUAGAAGUUUUGCCCUGGGGCAAAGACGCAGCAGAAUUAAGGAGAAUUGUGGAUUUGAUGAGGAAAUCUACAGCUCGUGUGGUCAUUGUCUUUGCACAUCAGAGUAACAUGAUUAACCUCAUGGAAGAGGUGGUGAGGCAGAAUGUGACAGGCCUGCAGUGGAUGGCCAGUGAAGCCUGGACUGCAGGUACUCCGCUCCAGACCCCCCACCUCAUGCCGUACCUGAGUGGCACACUGGGCAUUGCCAUCCGUCGAGGAGAAAUACCAGGAUUCAGGGACUUCCUGUUAAGAAUACGUCCUGACAUACAACACAACAACCACUAUGGAAAUAACGUGGUAAAUCAGUUUUGGGAAUACACAUUUCAGUGUAGAUUUGCACCACCUCCAGCAGGUUGGGUGGAGGCUGGGGGAGAACUAUGCACUGGACAGGAAGAUCUAGAGAGUGUGGAGACUGAGUUGUUGGACAUUUCAAACCUCAGGCCAGAGUAUAACGUGUACAAGGCUGUGUAUGCUCUGGCGUAUGCUCUUGAUGACAUGUCGCGCUGUGUGCCAGGGAGAGGGCCCUUCAGCGGAUACAGCUGUGCCAGUUUGCAAAGACUGGAGCUAUGGCAGCUUGUGUAUUACUUGGAAAAGGUCAACUUCACCACACCAUUUGGUGAUCAAGUGUCAUUUGAUGAGAAUGGUGAUGCAUUACCAAUAUAUGAUGUCAUGAACUGGCUGUGGCUCCCUGAUGGACGAACUAAAGUUGAGUAUGUGGGCGAGGUUAAAGAGUCAGCCAAAGGUGAAGAACUCACACUCGAUGAAGACAAAAUCUUCUGGAACUUUGAAUCCAAAAAGCCACCCCGGUCAGUGUGCAGUGAGAGCUGUCCUCCAGGUACCCGCAUGGCCAGAAAGAAGGGGCAACCUGAGUGCUGUUUUGACUGCAUCCCUUGUUCUGAGGGAAAGAUCAGCAAUAACACUGACUCCAUGGAGUGCACAAGUUGUCCAGAGGAUUUCUGGUCCAGUCCCAAGCGUGACCACUGUGUUCCUAAGAAAAUAGAGUUCCUCUCCUAUCAAGAGCCUCUAGGUAUCUUCCUAACAGCCACCACAUUGUUGGGCACAUUAAUCUGUGCUGUUGUCUUGGGCAUCUCCAUCUAUCAUCGCAGCACCCCUAUAAUACGCGCCAACAAUUCAGAACUGAGUUUCCAGCUAUUGAUAUCACUUAAAUUAUGUUUCCUCUGCUCACUAUUGUUUAUCGGCCGUCCCAGGAUGUGGACAUGCCAAUUGAGACAUGCAGCGUUUGGGAUCAGCUUUGUACUUUGUGUCUCAUGCAUCCUGGUGAAAACGGUGGUGGUUCUGGCUGUGUUCAAGGCCUCCAAACCAGGAGGAGGAGGCAGUCUCAAGUGGUUUGGUGCUGUGCAGCAGAGAGGGACAGUUAUGGUUCUUACUUCUAUUCAGGCAGCAAUCUGCACUGCUUGGCUUGUCUCUGCUUCACCAGCUCCUCAUAAAAACACUCAAUACCACAAUGACAAAAUAGUUUAUGAGUGUGUAGUUGGGUCCACAGUUGGUUUUGCAGUGUUACUGGGUUACAUUGGCUUACUGGCUAUACUCAGCUUUCUACUAGCAUUCAUGGCGAGGAAUCUUCCAGAUAGUUUCAAUGAGGCCAAGCUCAUCACUUUCAGCAUGCUGAUCUUCUGUGCUGUGUGGGUGGCCUUUGUCCCCGCUUAUAUUAGCUCACCAGGCAAAUAUGCAGAUGCAGUGGAGGUAUUCGCCAUCCUGGCCUCCAGUUUUGGCCUCUUGGUUGCACUGUUUGGACCCAAAUGUUAUAUAAUCCUGCUGAGACCCGAGAGGAACACAAAGAAAGCAAUAAUGGCCCGGGGCAUUGAGUCAUAAAACAUUCAGACAGAAUUAAUACUUUUACUCUAUACAAUACAAACAUGAAGGCAGAAAGAUUUGUUGGUAGUAAUAGUAAUGUUAUUAGUAAUUGAAAAAGUAGGCUGAUGACAAAUAACUUGGAUCAUGUAGCGUUAUUGCAUUGAGCAGAUUAAUCAUCAAUCAAUAAUUUAUAUCAGAAUAUGUAUAUGUAUCGUAAAAUGUGAAGGAGAGUGGUGACACUCAGCUUCAGAUGUCACACACAAUGAGUUUUAAUAUCAGAAUUUACACAGGUACCACCCCAUUUUAUAAAAAUAGGGAAAAAUCUAUUUUAUACAAAUCAAUUGAGUCUCAUAAUCUCAGGGUUGCUACGGCGUUCUUGGGCAUGGUGAACAGUGAUUCAAAUUGUUUAUAUACACACACAAAUCAAAUAACAAAGUUCUUUAUAAAAUACAUGUUUAUUUGACUAACUACAUGACUAAACUAUUAAUAGAGGAUAAUUGAAUAAAUCAUAAAACAAAAGGAAAAAGGAAUAAAUUGAAUAAAGGAUAAUUGAAGGAUUACAGUGAAUACGAUGUUGAACAUUUAUGAAUAGAAACAAAUUAAAUGUUGCCAGGUCAAUUCAGUGACUGAUAUCUUUCUUAUUGGAAUUUGUUAUUUGAUGUUUGCCU